AUGUCAAAUACUAACUCUUCCCCGUUGAAACGAGGUCAGGGCACCCCUAUUUCAACUCCUAGAAAGGAUAUUACGAAGCCUUUGACUCGUAAUGGAACCUUCAAACAUGUCGUCGCUGACCCUGAAGCAGAUUUUCUUCAUAAGAAGAAAAUAGCUACUGCCACGGCUCGCCGCUUAGCUGGCUCACCUGAUUCGCCUGACUCCUCAUCCAUCACCUUUGUCUCUUCAGGUACCAUCCCCAAUGGUCAAAAACCUAUCUCUCGUGAUACGUCUCCCGCUGCUCCUUCUACUCCUACUGCUACCAUCACUGAAAUUGAUGAUAGCCCCGUCAUGUCGACCCUGGAUUCGUCCCUCCCUCAUCAUUCAGUAUCCCUGAGUUUGCAUUGGAAAUGCAAAAGCAAAUUCGCCAACAAGCUCGUCGCUUAG